CCUGGAGAACUCUCAGACAAGUUUGUUUGGUUCACUGGGCUUGUAGUAGGAGAAGCUCUGCCACACCCCACCACCCAAACCAACAAUCAUGCCCAGAACAUCUGAUGACCAUGAAUUCUUGACGUUGCAUUCGCCAUCUCUCGCAGGCUCAAGCAUCCACACCAUAGCCAGCCUACCUCUCGAUCCUCUCGUUGUGCCUGCUGGCGUGUUUGCAUUUCGCGGCAUGGUUAUUGGAGCAUCUGGAUUUGUGUUUCGGCCUCUGUAGGUGGAGAUUGUGAGUUUUGGGGUAACUGUGCCGAGCAAGGGGUGUAGGGAAACUCUCCCGGAACUAUGUAGGGUAGUAGCUUCCAUAAGCAACUGUGUGUAUAGAAACGACUGACUAGGACGGGGGGUUGUUGGGGCACAACAUAAGGUUACGAGCUUUCGUGGGCAGAAGCAGAGGGGAGAUUAGAGGGUUGUGGGUUGGGGUUAGAGGUGAAGUCUGGGUUCAUCGGGGUUUUCGGACUUGGUCACGAGAAUUGGAAGUUUUUAGGCUGAAGGUAAUAAGUUGAGCGGAGUGGUGAGGCCGUCGGCUUUGAUGAGAAGAUUUGUAGGGUAUUGGAGAGGGGAUGACAAGAAUGGAGAAUGUGGAAGAUGAAGGACGCGGAGUUGAGGUCUGGGGUAUUAAUGAGAAAAUGCAUGUGUGGAACGGAAGACUAGAGUGAAGUUUCAGCAGGAAAUUUGAGAAGAAUAGAGGUAGUAUAACGUGUGUACGAAGGAAGCGGAACAAUGGCUUCGGAUGGGAUGAGUUCGACAGGGCUGUAUGGAGGAAGAAAAUCCUCGCAAUUCAAUAAUUCCACUCCUGUGCGUCUUCGAGUGUCAGCAUCUAUUAUGAACUGCGACGACCAAGAUGGCGAUGUGGAUUAUGCUGGCUCGAGGCCGCAAAGUCGCGGGAGCUCGCAUGCUGGAGAUAUCAAUCAGAAUCAGAGUGAGGGCAGUGAGAAUGGGAAUACUGUCCAUGGAGUGUUGGCAACAACCUUCUUUCCGUCUGAUCCGUUGGCUUCUGGCCCGGUUUUGGAGAAAUACCAGGUUGAAGCAUUUUUGAAGUCAAUGCAAAGAAUCAUUCAGAUUGGAGGAAGAAGAUCUUAUUUUGGCAAGAAAUUCUCAAUUUCUGGUCGAGACAGGUUCACGCUUGAAGACAUGCUAUCAUAUCAGAGAGUAAGCAACUCUGUCAGAUAUAUGUGGGGGGUUGUCUCAACAACAAUGGCUUCUCUCUUCCAUGACCCAAUACCUACUUCGUUGCUGCGACUGAAUAGUGAUUCAAUGACCCGGGCUGUUAAGCUCUUUCAGGUUAUCCUAAAGUAUACAGGAGCAGAUCUAGCUCCUGGAUCCCCUCCUCCCACCGUACAGGAACAAAUUGAUAUGGUGUUGAAGUUGUAUAAUUCUACCUUGAAACGGGCUGAGCUUCGGGAUGAACUGUUUGUACAACUUUCGAAACAAAUCCGCAACAAUCCAGAUAGGUCGAUGUUAUUGAAGGCGUGGGAGUUAUUAUUUCUCUGUGCUUCUGCAAUGCCUCCUACCAAAGACUUCGCUGCUCCUCUCUCGGAAUAUGUUCAUGACGUAGCCAAUACUCCCGGUGACACUGAAAUCCAAAGGAUUGCUUUGAAUACAUUGAAUGCUCUCAAGCGCUCUGUUAAAGGAGGACCUCGAAGGAUAACUCCGACUGCAGAGGAGAUUGAAGCUCUUUUGGAGAGUAGAAACUUGACCACUUUAGUAUAUUUCUUGGACGACACAUUCGAAGAAAUCACUUACGACAUGACGUCAACCAUUGCUGAUGCUGUCGAGCAAUUAGCAGGUAUUAUCAAGCUGGCAUCUUCGAGCACUUUUGGUCUCUUCGAGUGUCGAAAGUCUGUAACUGGCUCGAAAAUCAGUGAUUCUGGAAAUGAGGAACACAUUGGGCUUGAUGACAACAAAUAUAUCGGUGAUAUCGUUGCGGAGUUUAAGACUAUAAAAGAAAAAGCCAAGGGAGAGCUACAAUGUAGAUUAUUAUUCAAAAAACGCCUUUUUCGGGAAUCAGAUGAAGCUAUCGUAGACCCUAUGUUUGUUCAACUGUUAUAUGUACAGUCACAACAUGACUACAUGCUUGGAAAUUAUCCAGUUGGUAGAGAUGAUGCAGCACAAUUGGCAGCCCUGCAGAUAUUGGUCGACAUUGGUCCAGUUCCGAAUCCAGAAUCUACCACGGAUUGGCAAGCACUGCUGGAUCGUUCUUUACCGAAGCAGAUAGCUGUUACUCGUGCCAGACGGGACUGGGAACUUGACAUCCUGAAUCGAUAUCAAGCUACUACACAUCUAUCAAAGGCUGAGGCUCGGCAGCAAUUGCUUCGCAUUCUCCGGUCACUCCCUUAUGGAAAUUCGGUGUUCUUUACUGUUACAAAAAUUGAGGACCCUAUUGGAUUGCUGCCAGGGCGGAUUAUUCUUGGCAUCAACAAGCGUGGGGUGCAUUUUUUCCGACCUGUGCCUAAAGAGUAUUUGCAUUCAGCUGAACUGCGCGACAUUAUGCAAUUUGGUAGCAGCAACACAGCCGUCUUUUUCAAAAUGCGUGUAGCGGGUGUACUGCAUAUUUUUCAGUUUGAGACUAAGCAGGGGGAAGACAUUUGCGUAGCACUUCAGACACACAUUAAUGAUGUUAUGUUGCGGCGAUACUCCAGAAACAAAAAUAUUCCUAAUGGGCAGGUAUCAAAUGAAGUGGAUACGACUGCUACACUAAGUACUAAACCUGCAGGUCUUGAAGUUUACGAAAAGCAUGUACAAGAGAUGUCAAAGCUGUUGGAGGAGUCCCAGAGGAAAAUAGAUCAGCUUUCAGAAGCGAUUAGAAUUAAAGACAAAAGAGAGACUCUAGUGAUGGAAGAGCUGGCAGGAUUGCGCGAUUCUCUUCGUGCGGAGGAACAAACUCAUUCUGAGAUUGCAGAAGAGCGAGAGCGAUUGACCAAGCAACUGGUGGACAUGGAGGGUGCCUUGCAGGUAGCGCUUACUGAGAAAGCCUCAUUGAUAGCAUCAGUAGGCGGUAGUCAACCUGGCGAUGAUGCUACAAGUGACAUGAGUGAUUACGAGACUUCUAUACGAAAGGCCCCUACUGUUCGCGCUAGAAGAGACAGAGAUUUCCUUUCUUCUGUUGGAAAAGAAAGAAAAGAUGAUCAGAUCCGCACUCUCGAAAAUCAGAUUAAAGAAAUUCGUGCGGAGGUAAGGCUUAAGACCGAAGACUUGAGGAAACAUGAGGACAAGGCAAAGAAUUUGCUGAAAGACAAACAGCUUCUUGAGCAGAAGAUCGGGCGCUUAGAAAAGAACAAAGUUGAUGAGACAAGAGGACUGGAGCACAAGUUCGAACAGGAGAGAGAUGAGCUUAGGGCAAGAGUAGCAGAAAAUGAGAAGAAAUUGCAAGAUCGAACGCAGGAGCUUAGUCUUGCAGAGCAACAACUCUCUAGCCGUAGUGGUGAAUUUGACACAUUACAAGCAAAUGUUAAGGAGCUUGAGGAGCUUCGGGAAAUGAAGGAGGACAUUGACAGAAAGAAUCUGCAAACAGCAGCCAUUCUGAAGAGGCAAGCAGAUCAGAUAGUAGAGUUACAGGCUUUAUAUAAAGAGGAGCAAAUAUUGAGAAAACGAUAUUUCAAUAUGAUGGAGGACAUGAAAGGUAAGAUACGAGUCUAUGCACGUUGGAGGCCGUUGAGCGACAAAGAGAUCAGAGAAGGUGAAAAAUUGAUGUUGACUUCUUGUGAUGAGUUCACAAUUGAGCAUCCGUGGAAAGAUGAUAAGAUCAAGCAGCACCAAUUUGAUCAUAUCUUUGAUCAAUUUGCUACUCAGGAGGAAGUUUUUGAGGACACCAAGUACUUGGUUCAGUCAGCCAUCGAUGGAUACAAUGUGUGUAUUUUUGCAUUCGGGCAAACAGGUUCCGGCAAAACCUACACAAUAUAUGGCUCCAAUAGCAAUCCUGGGCUUACCCCUCGAGUUACUCAGGAACUAUUCAACUGUAUGAAGCGUGAUUCCAACAAAUUCCAGUUUUCUUUGCAGGUCUACAUGCUAGAAAUAUACCAGGACACUUUGGUUGACCUACUUCAGCCCAAAUUUGGAUUUGGUGGUAAACCAAGGAAGCUCGACAUCAAGAAGGAUACUAAGGGCAUGGUGGUGGUUGAGAAUGCGACACUCAUCCCAGUGGUAACACGGGAAGAACUAGAUUCCGUCAUUGCAAAGGGCUUGGAAAAGCGGCAUACAUCCGGCACUCAAAUGAAUGCUGAGAGUUCACGGUCGCAUCUCAUACUAUCAAUAAUAAUUGAGAGUACCAAUCUGCAAAGCCAAGUGCUAAUGAAGGGCAAGUUGAGCCUUGUUGAUCUGGCUGGCUCAGAGAGAGUAAAGAAAUCCGGUUCUAGUGGGGAACAGCUGAAGGAAGCUCAAAGUAUCAAUAAGUCCCUUUCGGCUCUUGGAGAUGUUAUCAGUGCCCUGGCAACAGAUGAGCAGCACAUCCCUUAUCGGAACCACAAAUUGACUAUGCUUAUGAGCGAUUCUCUUGGCGGGAACGCCAAAGCUCUUAUGUUUGCCAACAUUUCUCCAGCUGGUUCCAACCUCGAGGAGACUCAUAACUCUCUUUGUUACGCUACUCGUGUGAGGUCCAUUAUCAAUGAUCCCAGCAAGAAUUUGACGACCAAGGAGAUCUUGCGUCUCAAGAAACAGGUACAAUUUUGGAAAGAAAGAGCUGGUAACCCUGGGGGUGAGGAGUUGGAAGAGGUUGUGGAAGAACGCUUGAAAUAUGCUGAGUGAGGUGUACAAAUAUUCGUUUAAUUUUACUGUGUCCACAUAUAUCGAAUGAACCUGAUCUGUGGCUGUGUGAAUAUUGCCCCAAUUAGAGGGGCAUUUGAUGACUUGAUUAAGCUCAGGAUUUUCCUUCCGCUAGCCUCAUUACGAGCAAGAAUUUCAACGAUUCAUUGAUUAGUGAAGUUGUCUAGCAGGUAAAGAACAUUAUAUCGGCCCGUCCUGCCCCAUUUCAUAGAGAGCAGUCUGAAAUCAGACUACAUUGUACUAAAGCUUUAGCAACACGUUUCACUUUCUCAUUA